AUGCCUCCUGUCAAAGGUAAAGGCGGGCGUAUGAUGUCCCUAAUCGACUACCGUCUGCGUGUGACGCUGAAUGACGGUCGUCAGAUGACGGGUCAGUUGCUUGCAUUUGAUACCCACAUGAAUCUUGUGCUCUCGAAUACUGAAGAGUUUCGACGCAUAAAGCCCAAGAAGAAAAAGACACAAAAGGCAAAUAAGAAGCAAAAAGUGGCCCAUGGCGACACGCCGAGUGGCAAUGCUCAUGUGGAAGAUGAGGAAGACGAGGAAGAUGACUCUGCACCGCCGCCUGUGCAAGAGCAGAAACGCACAUUGGGCCUUAUUAUUUUGAGAGGAGAGACCAUCAUUAGCAUUAGUGUGGAAGCGCCACCUUCCGAGUCGAAGCGCGACGUACCAGUAAUGGCGCCGGGUCCGGGCCGUGGCGUGCCUGCAGGUCGUGGUGCUGCGAUGGGUGCCGUGCCUAUGGGUCGUCCACCGCCCUUUGGACCGCCUCCCGGCUUUGCUGGACCUCCUCCCAUGGGACCACCGCCGGGCUUUGGAGGCCCUCCGCCGAUGGGCCCGCCACCAGGGUUCCGCCCACCAGGCAUGCCGUGA